UUUAAGAGAUGCUACUUUGACUAUUCAGUUACCAAUAAACUUACAAAGAUACUAUUGGAUUACUCAGAUUUUUGCAAUGGAAGUGAGCACCAUACAAGUUGUGUUGGUAGCAGUUUUGGGGGUGUUGAUGCAUGUCUUGAAUGUCUUGGUGUUGAGGCCAAGAUCACUGAGAGCAAAGCUUCAGAGGCAGGGGAUUCAUGGGCCUUCACCUCACUUCUACUUUGGCAACAUCCCACAAAUUAAGGCUCUUUUGCUUCAAGUUAAGUCAGCACCAACCACACAUGUCAAAAACAGAGAGGAAGAUGUUUCUCUUUCACAUGCAUGGCCUUUCACUCUCUUCCCUCAUAUUCAAAAGUGGAUCCAACAAUAUGGUCCCACAUACACGUUUUCUUCUGGGACUAUACAGUGGCUAAUGGUGGCAGAUAUAGAUAUGGUGAAGGAAAUCAUCAUGUACACCUCUUUGAAUCUAGGGAAGCCUAAUUAUCUUUCCAAAGAUCUGGGGCCACUCUUUGGCCAAGGUAUAUUGACAUCAAGUGGCCAAAUUUGGGCUCAUCAGAGGAAGAUAAUUGCCCCUGAACUAUACCUUGAUAAGGUGAAGUCAAUGGUUAAUCUGAUAGUUGAGUCAACAAAUAUAACACUGAGGUCUUGGGAGACUAGACUUGAAAGUGAGGGAAUAGUUUCGGAGAUUAAAAUUGAUGAAGAUCUACGCAGUUUGUCGGCUGACAUAAUUGCCAGAGCUUGUUUUGGGAGCAAUUACAUUGAAGGAAAAGAAAUAUUCUCAAAGCUUAGAGAUCUUCAAAAGCUCCUUUCCAAGAUAUUUGCUGGAAUUCCUGGUUAUCGAUACUUGCCAAACAAAAGCAACAGACAGAUAUGGAGAUUGGAGAAAGAGAUAAACUCAAAGAUAUUAAAGCUCAUAAAACAACGCCAGGAGGAAACUCAUGAGCAGGAUCUCUUACAAAUGAUACUUGCAGGUGCAAAGAAUUGUGAGGCUAGUGAUGGCUUGUUAUCAGAUUCCAAGUCACAUGACAGGUUUAUGAUUGAUAACUGCAAAAAUAUAUUCUUUGCUGGACAUGAGACUACUGCAAUUACAGCAUCAUGGUGCUUAAUGCUGUUAGCAUUACACCAAGAUUGGCAAGAUCGUGCACGUGCUGAGGUUCUUGAAGUUUGUGGAAAUGGUGCUCCAGAUGCAAGUAUGCUUAGAAGCCUGAAAACGUUAACCAUGGUGAUUCAAGAGACAUUGAGGCUUUAUCCACCAGCAGGAUUUGUUGUUAGAAAAGCUUUGGAAGAUGUUAAUUUAAAAGGCAUAGUGAUUCCAAAAGGAAUGAAUAUUCAGAUUCCAGUCCCAGUUCUGCAGCAAGACCCUCAAUUCUGGGGGCCAGAUGCUCACAAGUUCAAUCCUGAAAGAUUUGCAAAUGGGGUGCUUGGAGCUGGUAAGUUUCCACAAGCCUAUAUACCAUUUGGAGCCGGGUCACGUGUCUGCGUUGGACAGCACUUAGCCAUGACAGAACUGAAGGUCAUUUUGUCUCUCAUUCUGUCAAAGUUUCGCUUCUCUCUCUCACCAAGUUACAAUCAUUCACCUGCCUUCCAUUUGGUUAUAGAACCUGGCCAAGGAGUUUUUCUUAAGAUGACAAGAAUUUGAGCAAGAAUGUGAGUUUCCCUACUUUUUCUUUGGUGUCCUUUUCUGGUCUUGUGUUUGGGAAAUGGGGAUGGUUUGGUCGAUAUAAUUACAAGAGAUAUCAUUGUUCUUGCACAUGAAUAAUCAGAACAUGCAAGAGAUGUUAAUCAAAUUUUAUCCAAGUUAUCAUGAUUAAUUGUUUGAUAAUGUAUUUA